GUCAUCGUCAAAAGAAAAUGAAACUGGUGGAAGAAAUCUGUAGAGGAUUUCAUGGAGAAAUCAUUGAAGUCCAAACCAAAGAAGCCUGGGUGAUAUAGCACAGCAGAACUGAAACAAUGCCAUCUAAAGUCUUGUACUCGUUGCUUCCAUGUUUGACAAAGAAGGAAAAAGAUGCCAAUGGAUCAUAUUUGCUUAAUGGAAGCAUCUUAUUAGAAGAUCUCAUUGCCUCUAGUGAUGGAAAAUUAACUAAUCCUAUUCGCCACUACUCAGCUGAUGAACUCAUCAAGGCAACCAAUAACUUUCAUUCUUCUUGCCUUGUACUAGAGAACGCAUUAUACAAUAUAUUCACCGGAUUUUUAGACAACCGAUUAGUUAUCAUUAAGAAGGAAGGGCGGAGGGAUGACUCCUACUGCAAUUUCGACCAAGCCAAGAAUGAGGUCAUUCGUGACAUUAUAAUAUCAAUGCAGAUGAGCACUCAUAAGAAUGUUUUGAAAUUGUUGGGCUGCUGCUUAGAGUUCCCCAUACCAGCUUUAGUGCUUGAACAUGCAGGCAAAGGAGUUCUCAAUGCUGUAGGAGGUUUGGGGGUUAAUGACUCCUUAAACUGGAAAACUAGAUUGCGUGUUGCAAAGCAGCUUGCUAAUGCUAUUACAUAUCUUCAUACAGCCUUCCCCAGACCCAUCAUUCAUAGGAACCUAAAACACAGCUGUAUUUUUUUGGACGAUGAGUUUGUUCCCAAAAUCUCUGACUUCUCUGACUCCAUAACCAUUCCUCCUGAGCAAUCACAUGUUGAAGAUCUUGUGAAAGGGACAUUUGGGUACCUUGACCCUGCGUAUAGGAAGUCUGGUUGCAUUACAGAGCAGACUGAUGUUUAUAGCUUUGGUGUCAUUUUACUUGUUUUCUUGACUGGACUAAAUGCUUCAAAACAAAAUCAAGCUGCAGAAAAGUGGGAGUCCCUUGUGUCAUAUGUAAAAUUACAUGCUUGUGAUGACCAGUUUCAGAUGAUUGUUGAUCCUAAAAUACUCGAGGGUUUAGGAGGAGAAGAUGAGCAAGCACAACAAAAGCAGUUGCAUGAGUUCCUAUCACUGGCAUUGUUAUGCACUCAAGACAAAAGUGAAGCAAGGCCAGAUAUGAUCGAUGUGGCCAAGGAACUUGUACGAAUUGAGAACUCUACCUUUCCUCCUCGCUAGCUUUACCUAUUUCAUUUUUUACCAACAAAAGAUAUUUGAUUUAGCAACAGCUUUACUUUCUAGUUUAGAAGCUCUUAGAUAUUUAUUAUAAGCUCUCUGCUUCUGUUUUUGUAAUUGUUUGUAAAUGAUAUAAGACAUAAUUGUUUUUAUGGAAACUAAUACUAAUGAACUAAAGUAUAU